GCCAAUCAGGUGCCAGAUGCUCCAGUUAAGAGAGUUUCCCCGUUGGAUUCAUGGUCACAGCUGCGCGACAUAACAACCCAAGUGGACAGAGCUUCAGUCCCUGUUAGACUGACACUAUGAAGAUCGCAUCGUUUAACAUCCAGAAAUUUGGGCUGAGUAAAAUUUCUGACCCUACUUGUCUAUCCAUUCUUGUAAAGAUUGUCUCACGCUAUGACAUGAUUGUGAUUCUGGAGGUGGUGGAUGCAAGUGGGAACUCAGUAGUCAGCUUCUUGAAGGAGCUAAACAAGGCGAACGAGCGACAUCACUACAACUUAAAGAUCAGCAGCCGCUUGGGAAGGUCCAAGUACAAGGAACAGUUCAUGUUUCUGUACAGGGAUGGCAUAGUGGAUUUAGUGGGCUCCUACCAGUAUGAAGACAGCCAGGUGGGAGAUGAGGAUGCUUUUGCUCGAGAGCCAUAUAUUCUUCGCUUCACCUGCCUGAACACAGUUCUGAAGGACCUGGUGAUGAUCCCCGUGCACACCAAGCCUGAUGACUCAGCAAAGGAGCUGGAUGAGCUCUACGACGUCUUUCAGACCGUGAAGAAGAAGUGGAAGACUGAUAACAUUAUGUUCCUGGGGGACUUCAACGCUGAUGGUAGUUACCUAUCCAAUAAGAAAAUGAAGGGAAUCCGUAUCCGUAGCGACAAGAAUUUCCAUUGGCUGAUUGGAGAUGAUGUGGAUACUACAGCAAGUAUAAAGAAUACACACAGCUACGAUAGGAUUGUUGUUUAUGGAGAUGACAUGCUGAAUGCAGUGGUGCCGAACUCUGCCAAGCCAUUCAAUUUUCAGGAAGCAUUCGGACUGACAGUGGAAGAGGCUCUUGAUGUGAGUGAUCACUACCCAGUGGAGCUGGAGCUGAAGACAAGGGUGCCUGGGGGCCUGAGUUCUGGAAAUGAAGAUCCUGUCCAGGAGAAAACAAACACCGACAAUGAGGACCUGAUGGACCUGCAGAGAGGGAACCUUCUAUUAGAAAGAGAGAAGCUGAAUCUGGAGAUACAAAUGUUAAAGUUGCAGCUUACAAACCUUCGAGCAAAAAAUCAAUAAGCUUUGGCAUUUUAAAAAGAAAAAAACAUUACAUGGCAAAUCAGGUUUGAUCCUUGAUAAUUCAAUUAAUUUGGUUGAUGAACAUACGGGUCCUUUCUUUACGUAGGAAAAGGGGUAACCAGGAGAAAAUCCAUAAAAGGGAUAAUGAAAGACCACUUUCCUGUUCACUGCUGUGGUUUAUCAUUGAGCGACAUUAAGCGUCAUCCAAUAAUUGAAUGCAAGACACAAAGGCACAGUAGUUACAAAACUUUAUUUCCAGGUUUCAUCUUUACAAUAACAACAAAAACUAAAUUCAAA